UCGGCGGGCUGAGUGGGGACGGGGUUGGCUGGGAACUGGCCGGGCGGAAGAAGUCGAGCUCGAGGUAUUUCCGGUUCCGGUGUCAGCUCGAGGCGCCGCCGCCGCAGCCGCCGGAGCCGCGAUGCCUAAAGGAGGGAGAAAGGGAGGCCACAAAGGCCGGGCAAGGCAGUACACGAGCCCCGAGGAGAUCGACGCACAGCUCCAGGCUGAAAAGCAGAAGGCCAGGGAAGAAGAGGAGCAAGGAGAAGAAGGUGGAGAUGGGGCUGCAGGUGACCCCAAAAAGGAGAAAAAGUCCCUAGACUCAGAUGAGAGCGAGGAUGAAGAAGAUGAUUACCAGCAAAAGCGCAAAGGUGUAGAAGGGCUUAUCGACAUUGAGAACCCCAACCGGGUGGCACAGACAACCAAAAAGGUCACACAGCUGGACCUGGACGGGCCCAAGGAACUUUCAAGGAGAGAAAGAGAAGAAAUCGAGAAGCAGAAAGCAAAAGAGCGUUACAUGAAAAUGCAUUUAGCGGGGAAGACGGAGCAAGCCAAGGCCGACCUUGCCCGGCUGGCGAUCAUCCGGAAACAGCGGGAGGAGGCUGCCAGGAAGAAAGAAGAAGAGAGGAAAGAUGGAGGUGGGUGUUCCUGCCCGCCACCUCCCAAGAUGCUAGGAGGGUCCAGCAGCAGCGGAGUCAGAUCAAAAGAUGAUGCAGCUUUGUCAGGAAAACGAAUGCAGUCGCUCUCCCUGAAUAAGUAGCACGGCCUGUGGGAGGAGAUAGCAGGGAACUGGGCCGUGCUGCCAGGACCCCUGCCGUGUCUCACCCACCCUGUGCCCCGGCGCCACUGCAGCAGCCCCUCACGGCGGGGAGCCCCCCACGGCUCCUCUUCAUCUUGGCACAGAAAUCGUUUGGGGGGAUGGUGGGUGGGGGGAGGGGCAGCUGCUGUCUUUGAGACAGAAAGAUGCAGGACAGCAUUUCAUAUGUAACCAUUUGAAUGUUUUGGCUGUUUUUAGAAUUCAGAACCUUUGUUGGGGGGUGCCUGGGAGGUGGGGUAAGAAGAGCUUCCAUUUGUCUGGUAGAUUGCGGGGCAGGGGGCAGUUGAGCCACAGUAGCUGCUGACAAGUCUGUGAUGGACGGCCCCCUGUCUGUGUUGCCCGGGCGCCCGACCAGGGGGCCUGUCACCUGGGAGCCAGGGCCCUGGGUCUCUGAGGGUCAUGGCUCAUCCCCAGCCAGUCCCCUCUGACUGAGGCUUCCCCCCUGACCUUCCCACCCUACUCCCUACCCCCGACUCUGGCCAGGCCCCGGGCCCAUUCUUAACCCUGCCCAUGGAUCAUUUCAAGAAACCUGUUUACUGUGUAGCACCCAGGCAAAACAUGCUCCACAAGUCCAACUUGUAUAUUUGGCAAAUUAAACUUGACAUUAUCGUAA